AUGAAGGAAGCAAACUGCAACGGGGACAUAUUCUGGGCACCAGUCGAUGGCGACUUGAGUUGCCUCGGUCACGUGACGAAAAAGAUCACAACCGGUUCGUCGUGCAACGUCAAAUGCGUCGCAUCUUAUGCCACUCCUGAUAAGAUCACGUGUUUACAGAGCGGAUGGGAUACUGACGUAGAUAGGUCUACAUGUGAUGCUACAAAAGGCGGUCUCGGGCCAGUCGGACAAAUUAUGCUCAUCGUCGUCUUUCUCGUCCUCUUGUCCAUCGGAACAUUCGCCUGGCAAAAAUAUCGCAAAAGCAAAAUCAACCCGGCAGAUCAAGCCGGCCAGGGGCCAAAAUAUGCAGGAGACGUUCCAAACUUUGACCGCGAAAAGUCAUAUGGAAUGGGCCGCGAUGGAUUUGACAAUUUACAGACGGUGAAUUUGGGCGAGUUGUCGCCUCUCCCGCAGCCUAAGAAUCGACCUGGCGGUGGUUAUCAUCCGGCUGGAGCGGGAAUUCAUGACUUUAUGGGAACCUGUACUAUUGGAACUGUAUCCCAAAACCCUAAACUUGGUCAGUGGCACGAAGACCCAAAAAAUCUUGCCUAG